AUGGCAGAUGAAACUCCUGCCUCUACCUCAGGAUCUCCUCCUCAGACAAACCUACCGAACCCAGAAACCGAAAACGACACGCUCUUAUCUCUUCAAACAGCCAAGGCAGAACUAGUCCAACAAAGAGAUACAUUGCUAGCGAAGAAAUCUGACCUUUCUGCUGCAAUUGAGCGUCUUCAGCUGACGUGGGAUAGUUACCAAACUCAAAGCAGACAAUACGAAACAAAGAAGAAACUUGAAUACUACCUUCAUCAGAACGACCAUGAACAGGAGAAACGGCUAGCUGCAGAGGAUGAAGUUGCGUCGUUUGUGCUAGAUAACAUGCAUGUGUUGCCAUCAUCAGAUUGGUCCAAAAGAAUGGAUCUCGUGGGGAGGUUUUACCCACACGUACGGAUUCAUCAUACUAUGCUGAAGAAUGUUCAUAACGAGCAAGAUCAACUAAUCACAGAGAUCCAAUUCAGGCUUCUGGCGCAUGGUCUACCGACAUUGCACGUUCUUCUAUAUGUACGUGAUGAGAAGGUCGUGAAGUUGGACAUUUUGCAGUCGAAGAAGGCUUCCAUUGUCCUCCACAAGAUAAGUCCUUCUUUUGGCCAAACCUUAGCAUUGAACUACCUUCCACAGGGGAAAGUAGACCUUUUGGUGUAUGGAUACCACUCUCUAGCGUCAAUGCAAGAGAAGAGGGUAUCUAUACUACUGAACCUUUUGCAUCAGUAUCCCACCAACCGUGUUCGGCCUGGAGCCGACUGGGAUACGGACCCAUUUGAUUCUUUACUGGCUUUGCCAUAUAUUGAGUUUGAAUUUGUCCAUUCUAAAACAUCUGAACCGUACCUGGUUAGAUUAUAUUGGCAUUUGGUACUUAACGAACACUCUAUGGGCCAGGUUGACUCUGAAUUAGAGUUUGCUACGAUUCAGAAGAAUAAUCAGACAGUACUUGAUGGUGCUAGCGCUGCGUUCCUUAAUCUUGUACCGGAUUGA